AAAAUUUAAAGGUAAAGUUCAAGCCUUUAUGGCAAGAGCAUGAGCAGGUGUAGGCCCCAACAACCCUCCCCCUCUUUCUAUCUUAUUAUAUCCUUCAAACUUGAGACUCUGUUGUGGGAAACUCUAGUUCUUCUCUUCACUGCCCAACAUACAAUGGAGGAAAUGAAGAAGUAUUGCCACAUUCCAGCAUUUGGUGACUGGGAUUUCAGUGAUGGAGUUCCAAUCACUCAGUAUUUUGAUUCUGCUAGGAAUUUCUUUGUGGAAGAUAAGGACUUGUUCCCUGUUCCUGUCCAGAUUAUUCCUGCCUAUGCAUAUCACCACCAAAUCAAGGUGAUAAAAAAUGUGAAACCAGAGAGUGAAGAGAAGAAGCAGAAGAAGAAGAAGAAGAAGAAGAAGCAGCAGCAGAGAAAGGCUUGUGAUUUGGUGACACAGAAGCCAAGAAAGCAUUCAGCUCCAAAGAUUGAAGAAGAGGACUUGUAUAGGAUCUCACCUGAGCUCUUGUACCAGAAAUCCAAGAGGAAAAAAUUUGCAAAGGGCUUCUGGUUUGGAUGUAUGGGGUGCAUCCAUUGAUAUCAAAGUUGUGAUCAAGUGUCUACCUUCAUGUUUUUGUAAAUUUGGUUUCUU